AUGUACUUUGAUCGAAAUAAAAAAUCAGAUUUUGAUCUAUGCGCAACCAAGGCAAUAUUUGAAAGCGAGAACUUCAUUGCAGCGUCGUCCACCAGCGUUACAGACGUUCGGUCUCCAGGCUCCGGACCCUCCAGUCCGCACUCGGUAAACUCGGACUCCAGCUGCUCCAGUACGGAGGCUAAAUCGGUGGAGCCUCGAGUAAGAAGGCCCUUGAAUGCCUUCAUCAUCUGGACCAAGGACGAGCGCAGACGCCUGGCUCUGCUAAACCCGGAACUAGAGAAUACCGACCUGAGCAAAAUUCUCGGUAAAACAUGGAAGGCCAUGUCUUUGGCAGAGAAGCGCCCCUACAUGCAGGAGGCUGAGCGUCUCAGAGUGCAGCACACCAUCGACCACCCCAACUACAAGUACCGUCCUCGCAGGAAGAAGCAGUCCAAGAAGGGUUUCAAAGCCCAGACUGAGGAGGCCCCUGUGUUCACAGUCUGCACCAAGGGCCUCACCAUACAAUACGACUUCAACUACUCUUUUCAGAACCAAAUAUACUCUGCACCCUCAGCCAACUUCCAUGACUCCUCCACCCACUUCUCCAGUAUGCAAGGGUCCUUUUCAACUGUGUCGGAAAACCCAGAACCAGCAGCAGACUUUUCAAACAAGUCUCUGAUGUUCCCCAGUGCUCCUUCCUACCCAGCAGAGCCUCAUAUGUCUUACCGCAGCCAGCAAUACGUGCCUCAGUAUGGACCUACCAGCCCUGCGUGCCCUAGCCAUCCAGGAGAGCAGAGGGAAAGUAUGCCCUGUGUUGGACAGUUGAACUCUACAGGCCCUACCUUGGAGUUCUAUCUUGAACAGGUCCAACUGGACAUGCUCUAUGAUCUGGAUCGAAGUGAGUUUGAACAGUACCUAGGCCCACCCUCACACAAACCAGAACCAAUGGAAUCAAGCUAUCACCAACAGAUCAGACUAAGACAUGUUUAG